ACGGGGUCGAUUUGGCGGCAAGUUUGUGUUGGUUGGGAAGAUGGACGGAGACUGGGAGGACGAGGAGGAUCGCUUCGAGAGUCAGUUCGCCGACGAACUGGAAGUUCUGUCCGAAAUUAGUCAACAAACUCGGGAUGAUAACUUCACCUCUGCAUUGAAGCAGUCCAGGUUUCGGCGUGGUGAACAGACUUUUGAAGAAGCCCUUGCUGCAGGAGACAAUGUUGCCAGGAAUGGCCCAAAUGUCAAGACCCAGGCUCGGGAACAAACAAAGCAACAGGAUACAGUGGUCUUGGGCAGCUCUGCGAGGAAACGAGAUCUUGAUACCCUCCACUCUGCUGAUGAAGAGGAAUUCCUUGACCAUCUGCUAGACCAGAAUCAAGAGCAAGGAACGACAACUCCCAGGCUCAAGAAGCCCAGGCUGGGUGCCAUGAAAAGGCUGAAUUUUAUGUCACAGCUCAGUUCAGGCGAGCCUCCUCUGCCAGAUGAUGACAUCACGCCGCCCUCAUCACCGGAAGACCUCCCUCAGAGCCGACACCCCGGAAGUCCAAAGGUAUCUAAACAGGACAUUGCUGAUUUAAGUGGCAUGGCCCCCAUGGAAGAUGUUUCCUUUCAGACAGUGACAAAGAGAGUUCUUAAACGACCUCCAGUUUUGGAAGAUUAUAUCAAGGUGACAUCAUCUGAUGGAACACGAGUUUACAUGGUGCUGCAGGAUGAAGACUCAUCACCAGGCGUUGAGUUUGAUAAACUGCGCUGGAGUGGGCAAAGGCAGCUACAUUUGCUGGGAGUACCUUUUUACGAUUUGAAGGAACAAGUUGCUGAAGAGAAUCGCAGGCUGGUGUUGGAAGAAUCCCAGAGGUUGAGUGAAAUGCUGAAUAGCCAGAUUGAUGAGGAGUUUGGAGUAGUUGAGAAACAGGAAGGAGAGGCUGCGGAUGAAAUUGGCGAUGAAUGUGAAGAAUGUAGCUCCAGCACCCUCUGGGUUGAUAGAUUCACUCCCAGACAGUAUACCCAACUGCUCAGUGAUGAUUACACGAAUCGCUGCCUCCUGAAGUGGUUGAAAAUGUGGGACACAGUAGUCUUUGGCCAGGAGAAACCCGUAAAGAAAAGCAAGCAGCUGGUAGAAAAACACUCGUCCUUCAAACAGUCCCAGCAGCUGCAGCAGAACAAGUGGAAGAGCAAGACACAAAUUACUGAAGAGAUCCUAGAUGCAGAACUCGAUGCACACAGCAGACCAAAAUACAAGGUGGCACUGUUGAGUGGCCCUCCAGGUCUGGGGAAAACAACACUAGCUCAUGUCAUUGCAGCACAUGCAGGGUACAAUGUUGUGGAAAUGAAUGCAAGUGAUGAUCGCAGCCCUGAAAUCUUCAAGACCAGGAUUGAAAAUGCCACCCAGAUGAAAUCUGUGCUUGGAGCCAACGAGAAACCAAAUUGCCUGAUCAUUGAUGAGAUUGAUGGUGCUCCCAGUGCUGCAGUAAAUACUCUCAUGAACAUCGUCAAUCGUAAAGAUGUAAAGGAAGAUGAGGCAGCAGCAGGUGGCGGAAAGAAGAGGAGGAAAAAAGAUGGUGGAAUUUUACAAAGGCCCAUAAUCUGCAUCUGUAAUGAUCAGUAUGUACCAUCACUGAGACAACUAAGGCAACAAGCCUUCACAUUAAUCUUCCCUCCAACCUUGCCAUCCCGGCUUGUUCAAAGACUUCAUGAGAUCACCAUUCAAACAGGGAUGAAGGCAGACAUGGGUAUUCUUAUGAGUUUAUGUGAAAAAGCAGAGAAUGAUAUCCGCUCCUGUGUGAACACUCUACAGUUCCUCCAUGGAAGAGGGAAAUUGAAUCUAAGCAUGAGAAUGAUUCAGACCGCAAACGUAGGCCUCAAGGAUGUAAACAAGAGCCUGUUCUCCAUCUGGCAAGAGAUCUUCCAACUCCCAAAGAUUCAAAGAAAGCGAAUUGGCCAGGAUUGCAGUUUGCCAUAUGAAUUACGGAGCAGUGAUAACCAAAAGGCCUUGGAUGGCAUUAUGAAGACCGCACUGAAUACAGCAGCACACAGAUUCAAUCAUAUUCUUCAUCUGUCCACCUCAUCAGGAGAUCACGAAAAGAUUACUCAGGGCUUGUUUGAUAAUUUCCUGCUAAUGAAGUUUAAAGAUCCCACUUUCAAUGGAGUCUGCCUGGCACUGGAGUGGUUGGAAUUCACGGACAUGCUGAACAAGAGAAUGAUGAGUGUGCAGAACUUCCAGCUGAUGCGAUACCUGCCGUUCCUUCCAGUCACCUUUCACAUGCUGUUUGCAGCAUCCAGUGUCCCAAGGAUUUCCUACCCAAACAGCCACUAUGAGGCACAAACUAAGAUUACCCAUAUGCACAACUUGCUGACAACCUUGGUAAGCGAAAUCAGCCCAGCAAUCCGCAGCCGAAUCACUUUGCAAGCACUCGUGUCGGAAAUCCUCUGCCUCCUGCUCGACAUCCUUUCUCCGAAGCUGCGACCAGUGAACACCCAGCUGUAUAGUGCCAGAGAGAAGCAGCAGCUCACUGACCUGAUUGGAACCAUGCUGGCCUACAACCUCACAUAUCACCAGGAACGGACCCCAGAUGGACAGUAUGUUUACUUGCUGGACCCCAACAUAGAAGAUGUUUGCCGGUUUCCUGAACUUCCUGCACGAAGGCCGAUGACUUACCAGGCGAAGCAGUUAAUAGCCCGUGAGAUUGAACUGGAAAAGAUGAGACGUGUGGAAGCUUUGCUGAAUUCUCGCAACAUGGAAAAGAAGGAAACUGUUGAAGUCAAAAAUAAAACAAGUGAAAGCAAUGCAAGUUCAAAAGCAUGUGUGAAGAAUCACAAACAGACGUUGGAAAAUGUUCUCAAGUCUGUGUCUGUGAAAGAAAAGGUGGAGCUUGAUUUCUUUGGCCGGCAAAUGGACAAAAUUAACAUUGUGACAACCUCAACAGUGACUGGAGCAGCUGAGCCUAUGAAGGAAACAGCUGAGAAAUUCAUUGGAAAAGCAGUUGGAAAUAGUGAUGUUUGGUUCCGAUUUAACGAAGGAGUUUCAAAUGCUGUUAGACGCAAUGUUUAUAUAAAAGACCUGCUCUGAGAAUGUGGCUGGUUAUUGAAAUAAGUAACUGCUGUUUAAAAAACAGGAAAGAGCCUAUACAUUCUCCUACAGAGCUCAUAAUGGAACUGUCGAAUUUGGGUAUCCAAUGCAAACUUGCCUGUGCCCAAGCUCUCGUAGGAGAUAAACUUCAGUCCGAUUAUUGGGCCACCAGGUGUCAAAAUGUUUGAACAUUCAGUGACGUUUGAGUAACAACUGUGCAACUCAAAUCUAAAAUUGCUGCUGAGUUUGCAUCUAAGUAGGUUUGGAAUCUAGUUUUUUUUUUUCCACAGAAAAUGGG